AUGAAAGCGGAGCCCGACAAGGGCGGCGGCGGCGGCGGCGGCGGCGGCGCAGGUCCGCCGGGGCCGCAGUCGCAGUCGCUGUGGGCGGCGGCGGCCGUCGCCGCCGCCGCGCUCACGCUGUACAACUCGAUGUCAGACGGCAUCUCCGGCUCGCGCGAGAUCACGCAGGCGGACUUCAUCCGCGACGUGCUCGAGUCGGGCGAGGUGCGGCACAUCGUCAUCGUCAACAAGAACCGCGCAAAGGUGUACAUGCGCUCGCCCUCGCUGGCGGAGCAGUCGCAGCCGAGCUACGAGGUCUCCCUCGGCAACGUUGGCUCCUUUGAGAAGCGGCGCCGCGCGCAGGCGGACCUCGGCGUCGCGCCUCGCGACUACGUCAAUGUCACGCACGAGUCGCAGGUUUCCGUCGCAAACGAGCUGCUCAAGGUCGGGCCGACGCUGCUGCUGAUCGGCUUCUGGGCGGCCUUCAUGAUGCGCGGGGGCCUCGGAGGGAUGAUGGGGGGCGGCGGCGGCGGCGGCGGCGGCGGCGGGCGAAACAUCUUCCAGGUGGGCAAGUCGAAGCCGACGAUUGUGACCAAGGAGAAGUCGACCGGGGUCGCAUUCAAGGACGUGGCGGGGCUCGCCGAGGCGAAGAACGAGGUGAUGGAGCUCGUCGACUUCCUCAAGCGGCCGGAGCGCUACAAGGAGUUGGGAGCCAAGAUCCCGAAGGGUGCCCUCCUCUCCGGCCCGCCCGGCUGCGGGAAGACGCUGCUCGCAAAGGCGACCGCCGGCGAGGCGAACGUGCCCUUCCUCUCCAUCUCCGGUUGCUCCGACUUCAUCGAGAUGUUUGUCGGCGUCGGGCCGGCGCGCGCCAAGGCAAUGCAGCCUUGCAUCGUCUUCAUUGACGAGAUCGACGCCGUCGGAAAGGCGCGCGGCCGCGGCGGCAACUUUGGCGGCAACGACGAGCGCGAGAACACGCUCAACCAGCUGCUGGUCGAGAUGGACGGCUUCUCGUCCACCGGCCAGAUUGUCGUGCUCGCCGGCACCAACCGGCCCGACACUCUCGACUCGGCGCUGCUGCGGCCGGGCCGAUUCGACCGGCAGAUCAGCAUCGACCCGCCCGACGUCAAGGGCCGCGUCAAGAUCUUCAAUGUGCACCUGCCGAAGGUGCGGACCAAGGACAACGCCGAGGAGCUCGCGGCAAAGCUGGCCGCCCUCACGCCUGGCUUCUCGGGCGCCGAGAUUGCAAACGUCGUCAACGAGGCUGCGCUCAUCGCGGCGCGCAACGAGAAGGACUACGUGUACCUGGACGACUUCCACGCGGCGAUGGACCGCGUCAUCGGCGGGCUCGAGAAGAAGUCUAAGGUGAUGACGGUGGAGGACAAGACGCGGGUGGCGCACCACGAGGCGGGCCACGCCGUGACGGGCUGGUUCCUGGAGCACGCGUCGCCGCUGCUCAAGGUGUCCAUCGUCCCGCGCGGCGUCGCGGCGCUCGGGUACGCGCAGUACGUGCCCAAGGAGAAGAAGCUGCACACAAAGGAGCAGAUGAUGGACACGAUGUGCAUGAUGCUGGGCGGGCGGGUCGCCGAGCUGCUUUUCUUUAAGGACGUCUCCACCGGCGCGCAAGACGACCUCUCCAAGGUGACGCGGCUGGCCUACUCCCUCGUCACCACCUACGGCAUGAACGACAAGAUUGGCAACCGCUCCUACCCGCCGCCCAACGACGGCCGGAUGGCGUCGCAGCGGCCGUACUCGGAAGAGACGGCGGAGGUGGUUGACGAGGAGGCGCGCGCCCUCGCCAACGAGGCGUACGACCGGACCGUCGCGCUGCUCACCGAGCGCAAGGAGCUCGUCAAGGUGCUCGCCGAGAAGUUGAUGGAGAAGGAGGUGAUCCUGCGCGAGGACGUCAUCGCCGUGCUCGGCGAGCGGCAGUGGGACGACGGCUCGGAGCAGCUGGGCGCGGGGCUGCUCUCGGGCGACGCCGCCGCGGCCACGGCCGCCUGUCGAGCAGACGGCGGACCGCACAGCGCGCGGCAGCGGCCUCCGAAGCCCUGA